CCCGCUACCAUUGGAAUAAGAACCGGGGGGCUCUCCCCGGUAGGCAUCCACAGCAGGCUCUGCGCCCAUCCCAGGUGGACCGGUCCCUCGCUCUUCCUCGAACCGCGGCUCGCCAGAGAGGCGCCAUGGGUUUCUGGAAGCUCUCCCCCUUCCUGGCUGUUGGCAUCUUGGUCCUGUGGCAAGUGGGCAGCCUCCAGGCAGCGCCCUUCAGGUCUGCCUUAGAGAGCAGCUCGGAUUCAACUGUACUCAAUGAGGAGGAAGCACGCCUCCUGCUGGCUACACUGGUGAAGGACUUUGUGCAGCUGAAGACCAGGGAGCUGGCACAUGAGACUGAGGAUUCCAGCCUGGACAGCUUCAGAACUAAGCGGUGCAGUAGUCUGAGUACCUGCAUGCUGGGCGCCUACUCGCAGGACCUGAACAAGUUCCAUACAUUUUCUGGCUACAACUUCGGGUCUGGAGCACAUGGCAAGACAAGAGGCAGACAUGGCCGUCGACUUUGAAAGCGACAGCUCCUCCUGCUUUGGGGUGUCCCAGGAUGCCAACUGAAUUUCUCCCACUCCUUCCUGAUUUCCUUUCUUGCUUCCUCUUAUGAAUUUGUUGCAUGUGUAUCCCUCUCUAACUGCAAUUCAAACUAAUAUUGGUAGUUUUACUUAUGACAGAGAAUGUUGGGGACCUCAGGAUGGAAGGAGAAAGAGCAGGGCUUAUGGACCUGGUUAAAGAUCAAAGAGAAUGAGGGUAGUUUCUUGAGACCCUAGAAGAUUUUGUGGCAUAGCCCUCUAUCUCCUGCUUCUGAAUGUACUAAAACGAGCACCUCCCUCAUGUCUCAUGUGGCAAAUAAACAUAUUUUUCAAAAAGGACCUAUGCUGUGUUGG